CGAUCCAAAGCCUAAAGUCGAGGAUUUCUCUGAUUCAAGACGAAAUUUCCUCCGUCAGAUCUGAUUUAGAAGCUCUUAAGAACGAUAAAGGAGCUUUACGUGAUGAGUUUACGAGUCAAAUGUUUGAGCUCAAUGCUAAGAUAAGGAAGUUCCAAGAGACAUUUACUUGCAAUUUUCACAAGGAGUUUUCUCUUGGAACUUUAGCUGGAAAGGAGCUUAAGGGAGUACCUUUAUCUACUCUGGAGGACAUGCUGGACCAAGUAAUCUCUCAAACAAGUAUGAUGGAAGAAGAAUACCUCGCAGAACAGAAUAUUCAAAAGCAGACCCAGAAGGAGUUGAUUGAUUGUGAGAGAAAUGUGUCGCUGACUGAGGUCAUACUGAAGACAACACAAGCGUUGCAGGACUUAACAAGGCAGACUUCUGAAUUAGAACAGAUGUGCACUGCCCUUGGUGAGGAAUUGCAGAGAAGAUGCAUUUGUCCCAAUUGUCAUUUAGACAACGUGGAGGUCUUGGGUGGAAUUCUUUAGUCAAGUGAGGCGAAU